AUGGCCACAAGUUGCUCCUACAUGGUUUCCACCAAAUUAUCCAUGUUGGGUUGGAGUGGAGGAAGAAGAGAAGUCAGAAAGCGGAGAACGUUUUUGGUCUCCGCCCAACAACAAAGCGAUGUUCAGGAAGCAGAGGGCGAGAAGGUGGAAGAGCAAGAACGAGUGCAAAGUGAGAAACCGAAGCCAAAAGGAACCAUUCCAAGGCCAGUGGAACCUCAGACAAAUGUGAAGAGCAAAAACAUGUUAAGAGAAUAUGGAGGGCAGUGGUUGAGCAGCACCACUCGCCAUGUCAGGAUCUUUGCAGCUUAUAUCGAUCCUGUAACUUGUGAGUUUGAUCAAACCCAGAUGGAUAAGCUCACCCUUAUCCUUGAUCCUACUGAUGAGUUUGUUUGGAACCCUGACACCUGCAACAUGGUCUAUUCUUACUUCCAGGAACUUGUUGAUCACUACGAGGGUGCUCCAUUGAAUGAUUACACCCUUCGUCUGAUUGGUUCGGACAUAGAGCACUACAUAAGAAAGAUGUUAUACGAUGGGGUAAUCAAGUAUAACAUGAACGCAAGGGUUCUCAAUUUCAGCAUGGGCAAGCCACGGAUCAUGUUCAACAAUGAUACCAAACCUGAAGAUGCAGUUGAGAAAUGA